AUGCCCGCCAAAGUUGUCAAGCCAAAAGCAUCCAGUGCGGUGAGAAGAAGCCGCACUGGAUGCCAAACUUGCAGAAGCAGGAAACUCAAAUGCGACGAAGCGAGACCUGUCUGUGGGCAAUGCCAAAAGUCCCGUCGCCAGUGUGUCCGGUCUGAGGGCAUCACUUUCCGCCACCACCAAAACGCGACAUUCGACAGGGACAACCAGGACAACAGUCUCGACCGCUUUUUCAAGAAUGCCCAGUCCUACUCGGCAGAGGAGCUGGCAAGCUUCCUCCCAGUGCCCCAGCAAUUGACCUGGGUGUACGUGUCUGAUCCAAAUGCGGAAGAAACUGACACCACACCACCACCGCAGACCCCAAAUACCUCAGACACGUUCCGGCAAGUGGCAGCCCACACCCUCGAAGCGUUGUCGACUGCAGCGGCCGAUCACGUCUCAUACCCGCCACAGGGGACGGCCUACUACACUGCAGCGACACCUCCAAAUGAAUCAAACCCCGAGUAUGGCUUUGUGCGAGUAGAAGCAGGUACAGGAAUAGGAGGUCAGACAAACAACAACAUCAAUUUCCUAUUGAAUCCCCAAGGCCAGACACAUUCCUCGCUCAUCGACCCCAAUCUUGAGGCCACCGUGGCGCAUGCUGCCGAGCAAGCAGACAUGAAGGCAGCGGAAAACAAGACAAGCGAUCAACACAACCAAGAACAAGUUGUUGAAGAUGACGGACUGGUCGACUCGGAUUCGCGUGUCGCUAUGGCUCUACGGAGCUUCAACGAGACUCCAGCUUGA